UUUGCCUCAUUCCCUUCCACAAACUCCAUCAUGUUUACUUCCCGCACCAUCAUCUUUGCGUCGCUCAGCUUCCUCGCUGGCGCCAAUGCGUGUGUACAGUGUCCAGCCACAGUGAAGGAUGGCGUUAGUGCCAUAAAAGUAUACGAUGUCACAACAGACAGCCAGACCACAUUCUGCAUGUACUACAACUCGAAUGACGCGAAUGGCGACGGCCCAACAAUAUUCUGUCAGUAUCACACCCGGAACGGCCAGUUUAUAGAUGGGCAUAAGUCUUGUGCGCGUACAGCAACUGUGAAGGAGGAUGACUGCCGAACGUGAUGUGAAGAGCUAAGGGAGACGAGACACCCAACAUAAGGAGCCAUGUAGACAGCCGGGUGUACGUCCAGUAGACACCAUCUAUUACGAGAAUUGUUCAGUGU